AACAUGAUGUCCAGACUUGUGCGUCCGACCCUCAAACUCUUUGUACGUUCUUACAAACUUUUAAAUAUUCGUGUUUCAGCCGCCCUGACUUAAUAUGUGUCUGUCAAAAAUAGUAUGAUCUUAUUCAAUUAAGCGUUAAAUGCAUAUAAAUAUCAUUUUCAUUUUAUCUUUUUUCAACCUAUUUUAACUCCUCUGCAACUCAUAAAUUUAAACCUCCGGAAUACUUCACACCCAUGAACAUUACUACCAUCGUUUACUACCCAAAACUCUUAACCAGUUACCAGACCAGUGUCUUGACCACGUUCCUCGAGGAUUUUGAGUUAUCACAGUCAAUGCCCAAGUCUUCUCUAUCAAAUUUCCAAGUCAAGCUGCCGUGUUUAGCUCCUAAACAAAGCCGUCAACGGACCUCCCUAUAACCCAUAUCCAACAAUGAUUUGCCACUGAGAUCUCACGCUAAUGGAAGCUCUCUGUUUCCUUGUAUUGCUUGCGCUGUUUCACCCAGCAGCUUCUUAUUCUCCGGAAGACAUAGAUUCCUUUUUCAAGAAAUGCCCGCCAGUUGAUUGUGGAAAGCUCGGCAAGGUCAUCAUACCUUUCACCAAUACAACACUUCCUGAGAAUUGCGCUCCUUUUGUGGUGGAUGAUUGCAAUAAACAACAUCAAAAGAUACAACUGGAGAGGGGAGGAAGAUGGUACCAAGUUGAAAACAUCUCUCAGUCUAAUUCCCUUUUUAUUACUGACACAGAGUUCCAGAAGCAGCUGAAUUCCAGGAACUGUCAAUCCUUCAACAAUUUGAGAUUUCCCAGUUUGCAAUUUGCUUCUUUUGUAAUCACACAAAAUCUUACCCUGUUCAAAUGCAGCCAUGAAUCCAAUCUUAGUCCCCAUCCCCAUUUUGAUUUUAGUUAUAAAAGGUGCGAGAACUUCGUCAUCUAUUACACAUACAUGAACAGAACUCUGCCAAGUCCUCCCACUAACUGUUCAAUUCUUCAGCUUCCCAUAAAAAUAAACCAUGGCUAUGGCGACAUUUUUUAUCUGUUAACUGCUACUUUCUCUCUUCAAGUGUACUGGUGGUUGGAAUGUUACAUGUGUCAAGUAUCAUACAAAGGUAAAUGCCAAUGUGUUGAUGCACAUGGAAAACCAAGAGUAUCCAAAAGGAAGCUACAACUAGGUCUCAUAUGCGUUUCUGCCUCCAUUGUGAUUGUUUUGCUCAUAAUCUUCAUUUGGUGUCGAUAUAAGAGAAAGAAGGAUGCUUGCUCAAACACUCCCUCAGUCAUUACAGCAUCCAAUCUCUCCCCCAAAUCAGACAUAGAAGAAGACGAUGUCUACUUUAAGGUCCCUAUUUUUUCCUACACUAAGCUUGAAGAAGCCACAAAUAAUUUUGACCCAGAAACUGAGCUUGGAAUUGGAGGGUUUGGAGCUGUAUACUAUGGAAAACUACAAGAUGGGAGGGAAGUUGCCAUCAAGCGCCUGUAUGCACAUCACUACAGAAGAGUUCAGCAGUUCAUGAAUGAAAUAGAAAUCCUCACACGCCUUCGCCACAAAAAUCUUUUGUCUCUUUAUGGGUGUACUUCACUCCACAGCCAUGAGCUCCUCCUUGUCUAUGAAUAUAUCCCCAAUGGCACCGUUGCUGAUCAUCUCCAUGGCAAUGGAAUCCACUCUAGUCAACUAAAUUGGCCAAUUCGUAUGAGGAUUGCCAUAGAAACAGCUAGCGCUUUGGCAUACCUCCAUGCUUCUGAUAUUAUUCAUAGGGAUGUGAAAACUAAUAACAUUCUUCUUGACAACAGUUACAACGUUAAAGUUGCAGAUUUUGGGCUUUCCAGGUUGUUGCCCAGUGAUGCCACCCAUGUCUCAACUGCUCCACAAGGGACUCCUGGCUAUGUUGAUCCAGAGUAUAACCAAUUUUACCAGCUAACUAAUAAGAGUGAUGUCUAUAGCUUUGGUGUUGUCCUUAUUGAACUCAUAUCAUCAAAGCCUGCUGUUGAUAUCACUAGGCAUCGGCAUGAGAUCAGUUUGGCAAACUUAGCCAUAAACAAGAUUCAAAAACACACUUACGAUGAGUUGAUCGACCCAUGUCUAGGUCAUCAGUCAAAUAAGGAAGUUAAAAGAAUGAUAAUUUCAGUUGCAGAGCUGGCCUUGCAGUGCUUGCAACAUGAUAAAGAAUUGAGACCUUCUAUGGAUGAGGUAUUGGAAGAACUACAGAGAACUGGAAGUGGGAAGUAUGAGUUGAAGAAUAUAGAGGAGGAGCACAAUGAUCAUGAUAUCUCAAAGAGCAAGGAGCUGCAAUCUUCACAGCCAAAUUGUGAUGAGAUUGCAUUACUGAAAAAUAUUCAGCCACCAACUUCACCUGAUUAAGUAUCUCAUGAAUGGUUUAGUGGUGGUUCUACAAAAUCUAAGUUGAGUAGCUGUUACGGUUUCUUUUUCCUAGUGCUUUGGUGUUUAAGAUGAGUUUACGUGAAUAUUUUUCUGGCACUAUUUGCUGUGAAUGUUUAGGACAUGCUUAGGAUAAGUUAUUCAAGCAGCUUUAAAAAUAUAUCUUUUUUAUGGAUUUGCUAAGAUCCCUUCAGUAAUCUUUGACAAAAACCUUAUUUUGAA